AUGAAUGUAUUAGUAUUUGGUAUACUUGGUCUAGUUUUAAGUAAUAAUUCAGAUUUACAAGAGAAAAUGAAACAAAAAAUUAUUAAUUCAUUUCCGAAUACAACCAAAGAGAGUAUGAGAGAGAUCAUUAAUUUGGCAUUUAAUCAACUCUAUCGACAGGCAGGCGUCGUUUUAACAUUAGGUAUUCUGUUCGCUAUUCUCGGUAGUUCACGACUAUUCGUAGCUAUUGACCGAUGUAUGACUAUUGUUUAUCGAUUAGAAGAACGAACAUUUUUAAAGAAGAAUCUAUUAGCUUUGGGUAUGCUAUUUCUUUUCAUUAUUCUCAUACCGUUGAUGAUUGGUGCUUCGUCUGCUCCAUCAUUUUUACUCGAUGUUAUUCCGAAUGCUGGUGGCCGAUUCGGAACUUAUAUUCUUGGUCUACUCACAAGUAUCGUCGUCUCAUUUAUUUUAUUCGAAAUUAUCUAUUUUAUCAUACCCAACAAAAAGAUGACAUUUAAACAGACAUGGUGCGGAGCGCUUAUUGCUUCUCUUGCUCUUCAACUAUUUAUGAUUCUAUUUCCAUUAUAUGUACGAAAAUUUAUGACAAAUUAUGUAGGUCAAAUUGGUUUUGCUAUUAUUCUCUUGUUAUUUUUCUUCUAUUUUGCUAUUAUUCUCAUUUUGGGUGCACAAAUUAAUGCAUUUUUUUUUGAAAAAAUUCAACCAUUGCCUUUUGCACUUGGUACAUUCGUGAGUAAACUGUUUGAAGAAUACGGAAAUUUAGAAUCAAAACUGCCGUUAAAUCGACAAACACGCAACGAAACACAGUACGUUUAG